CAGUGUCCUCAGCAGAACGAUGCUGGGGUUCUCUACUCCAGAUGUUGGAGCGGAGGCUGUGGGAGGGGGGUUGGCGAUUUUUCUCGAUCUCAUCGCGCACCGUUUCUGACGAUCCCCCGUGACGUGCCAGUUGCUGCAGCAACGCCCCGCCCCCAGCGCGGUGCGGAGUGAGAAGUGACCGGUAACCUUCACUCGGGGCCGGGAGCAGCGGAGAAGAAGAUCGGGAGCGGCCAUGGUGCUGAUAAAGGAGUUCCGAGUUGUGUUGCCGCUAUCAGUAGAAGAGUACCAAGUGGGCCAGCUUUACUCUGUAGCAGAAGCCAGUAAGAAUGAAACAGGUGGGGGUGAAGGUGUGGAAGUCCUUGUAAAUGAACCCUAUGAGAAGGAUGGAGAGAAGGGCCAAUACACACACAAGAUUUAUCAUUUGCAAAGCAAAGUACCAACAUUUGUAAGGAUGCUGGCGCCCGAGGGAGCACUGAAUAUGCACGAGAAGGCCUGGAACGCUUACCCUUACUGCCGAACCAUAAUUACAAACGAAUACAUGAAGGAUGAUUUUUUGAUUAAGAUUGAGACGUGGCACAAGCCCGAUCUGGGUACACAGGACAAUGUGCAUAAGUUAGAGCCAGACAUCUGGAAGAAUGUGGAAGUAGUACAAAUCGAUAUUGCAGAUCGCAGCCAGGUUCUCUCUAAGGAUUAUAAACCAGAAGAGGACCCAGCAAAAUACAAGUCUGUCAAGACUUGUCGUGGACCACUAGCUCCUGAUUGGAAGAAAACAAUUGGACAGCGGACGGACGUCCCUCACAUGUGUGCAUACAAGCUAGUGACUGUAAAAUUCAAGUGGUGGGGCCUGCAGAACAAAGUGGAAAGCUUCAUACAAAAGCAAGAGAGGCGGCUGUUCACAAAUUUCCAUCGGCAGCUUUUCUGCUGGCUGGACAAAUGGGUGGAGCUCACAAUGGAGGACAUUCGCAGGAUGGAGGAUGAAACAAAGAGAGAGCUUGAUGAGAUGAGAGAGAAGGACCCGGUGAAAGGAAUGGUUGCAGCAGACGAUUAGCACUAAAGUACUGAGUUCAGUUUGAACUGGCGCGAUGAACAGGAAACCUGUGUACCAGUCCUGAUGGAUUGCUCACUUCUGGAUCAAGACCAACUACAUGUUUUUGCAGAUGAUUUUAACCCCUUGUAGUUUACUCUAGGCACCGUUUAAUAUUGUGAGCUAGUAGUCCUAUAAUGAGCAAGCACUAAGAUUCUCACACCUGCGUGAUGAAGGAGCUCACUACUCAGGUGCGUUGUGUAUAUAUUGUAUUAACAAAGCCCUCCGCUCUUCUAUUUUCAUUGUCCCCAGAGAGUUUUCCAUUGAGCUCCUAAUUAAUUUAAAUGUCACUUUUAGAGAGAGAAAUUGUAUUGUGAUAUUUGUGAAUUGAAAAUAGUUUUUCAUUUUCACUUUUUUUUUUUUGUUUUUUUUGAGGCACAUGAAUUGCUUUCACGGUCUUAAAAUUGUGGGAGUUAAAGGGUACAAACCCGAAAGAUUCUACAAUAUUAUUCUACGUCAAUCCCCUCUAUUCGAUUGAUCAAAAGCUAAAUGAAAUGAAAGGGCUCCACAGCACAACUAGUUUUAUUUAUCUCCCUCCAUUUUGGAAAUUCAUGUUUUUAUUUUAUUUCUUUUUUGUCACCAGUUGCUAUGUUAUAAAUAACUGCAAAGCUGAUGCAUAAAAUGCUUAUACUGUGAUCUGAUAAUCAUUCCAAGUAAUCUCAAUUUAUACCUCCCAAAACUCCCAGAUGAAAUAUAGCAUACACUUUUGCUAGGCUUCUAAGCGACACUCUGGUAGCAAUAUCCAAAAAAAACCUUCUAAAGCUGGCUGGGAGUGCUGGGACGUCUAGUUCAACAAAACAACUUAUAUCUGGUUGAAUAAAUGGAUCAUGUUCAAAAUGUUGACAAGAUUCGGGGAUAACCUCAUCUGAAAUUUAAAAAAAAAAGUUUUCGGUUGAGUUAUGUAAAACAAGUAAAAUGUUCUUCUCUCUGCUACACCUGUUCCAGACCCAGGAACAAAUCCUUCACCUGCUCUGGUAACUUCCUAGCAGUGUAUAUAAGCUCCCUUCCUACUACGCUUCCUAUUAAUCACAAUGGGAAACUCUUGGGGACACUCACACCAUCACAGCUGUGGGGAUUCAGGUUCUCCUUUAAACUUUUAGCAAACGGCAUUUGUGCAAUAACCAAGUACUCUGCAGAAUUUAAUUUGUUCACGAUUUCCCCCCUGUAUUAUAUCUGUUCAUCAUGCCAUAAUGACAAUAUUGGGUGCAGUUCAGCCCCUUACGAUAACUGUAUGUUUUAGUCUGUGUACAAAGUAGAAUUGUUGAAGAUAUGAUAAAAUAGGCCUAUUUUAAUAUAAAUACAGAUAACGUCAUAGUUUUAACAUCAUUCCUGUGCAUUUUUUUCUACAGUUCUGAAAAAUUGUCAACUGAGAAUUAGAUUGUUAUUAAAAUGUUUGGCUAUGGAA